GGUUGCCUGAGAACAGCAUGGCGCUAAACCACACUGCCCUGCCCCAGGACGAGGGCCUGCCACACUACCUUCAAGAUGGAGAUCCCUUUGCUUCCAAACUUUCCUGGGAAGCGGAUUUAGUGGCUGGAUUUUACUUAACAAUAAUCGGGAUUCUGUCCACAGUUGGAAAUGGGUAUGUCCUUUAUAUGUCCUCUAGACGAAAGAAGAAGCUGAGGCCGGCGGAAAUAAUGACUGUCAAUUUGGCAGUCUGUGACCUGGGGAUCUCAGUUGUAGGCAAACCGUUCACGAUCAUCUCUUGCUUCUGUCACCGCUGGGUGUUCGGUUGGAUUGGCUGCCGCUGGUACGGAUGGGCUGGAUUUUUCUUUGGCUGUGGAAGUCUGAUCACCAUGACUGCUGUCAGCCUGGAUCGAUACCUGAAAAUCUGCUAUUUAUCUUACGGGGUUUGGCUGAAAAGGAAGCACACCUACAUCUGCCUGGCAUUCAUCUGGGCCUAUGCUUCCUUCUGGACCACCAUGCCCUUGGUAGGUCUGGGGGACUACGUACCAGAGCCCUUCGGAACCUCCUGCACCCUGGACUGGUGGCUGGCCCAGGCCACAGUAGGGGGUCAGAUUUUCAUCCUGAACAUCCUCUUCUUCUGCCUCUUACUCCCAACGGCUGUGAUUGUGUUCUCCUACGUGAAGAUCAUUGCCAAGGUUAAGUCCUCCUCCAAAAAAGUAGCUCAUUUUGACAGUCGGAUCCAUGGCAGCCACAUGCUGGAAAUGAAACUGACCAAGAUAAAAGUAAAUGUAGAUGGAAAUUCUAGUACUUCCUUCUGGGCCUGCCUGCUCAACGCCACGGUGACAUGCAAGCAGGCCCUGCUGUCUGCUGUCUGCGGGACCUGCUUGCUGGCUCGCCCAGUUGCCACAGUGACCCUCAAGCAGGCCCUGCUGUCUGCUGUCUGCGGGGCCCACUUGCUGGCUCGCCCAGUUGCCACAGUGACCUGCAAGCAGGCCCUGCUGUCUGCUGUCUGCGGGGCCCGCUUGCUGGCUCACCGCCGGAGGGACUAA